AUGGCUCAACGACCACAGGGCGCACCGCCCUUUGCGCAGGCCCCUACAGCCCAUAGUAAAUCCAAAUGGGCACAGCUCAAGCUCCAAGACUUGGCCGACAUCGAGCAGCUCAUCAAGAAGUCCGAGAUGUACGAUCCUUCCGGGCCCACUACGCGCAAGCGUCGUGCAGCACAUCUGAAAGACUUUGAAUUCUUCUGCCAGGAGCAACUUGGCCUACGAGACCACGCCGCCAUUUGGGACAAGGCCACCAUUGUCGACAACCAGAAGAAGUACAUUGGUGGCGUAGCCAUUGUAGCAAAGGGCGUCAUCAACGAGAAAGUUAAAGUUGGAUCGCUCUAUCAGAUCAAGCAUACCUUGUACUGGUGGAAUGCGCGCUUUGUGGAUUCCUUUUCGACCAUCUUCUUGCACUGGCACAAUGAGCUCAUGAAGUUUAUUCACCUCGUCGCGACGCACCAUCAGUUGCCUGCCGAGUCAUGGAAGAAGAACAUCCUUGACAGAUGUCGAACUCUGAUGGUCAGGUCUGUCUUUCGCCUCACCCUGCGAUUCAUCAAAGGUCACCGCGACCCGUACAAACACGACUACGUCGAGAUGUCACGGACUUUUCUCUACCUUCCCGAUUGCUCGCCCUCGCCACAGCACGAGCUCGAUCUGACACUCACACUACUCGGCCAGGCCAUCAAGCGUAAUCUCUUUCCAGGAGGAUUAGACUAUGUGCUUUCUACAAAUGACUUUUGGCUCAAGGUCGAUCCUGUUGUAGCAAGCCAGCCCGUCUUCACUGGCGCCAAUCAAGCUGGCAGCAUUGAAGUCAAUGAGCCUAUGCGAGUCAGGGUUGUCAACGAACGCCUCCGGCUCAUGCUGAUCCGCGCUGGACUGCCAGAACGCAACACGAUGUACUGCUUCAGACGCGCGAGAAUCGUUUCUACCAAACACGAAUAUGGCGUAGAUGCUGCAAGAGCCAUUGCAGGACAUGCAGACCAGUCAAAGAUACACGAGAGCUACGACACCGUCAAUGUCGCUGAUAUCGAUAUUCAAGCUUACAUCCGCUCCCGUGAGACCAUCUCUCGCGAAGAAGCUCGCAAGAUUUUUGAUCAAGCCUCGCAGACUUUGUAUGCCGCAGCAUCCACCAACGCUAAAGGUUCUCUGCAAGCAGAGCUCGAGACGAGACUUCAAGAGCGCGAGAGUGAAGAUGAGGAAUGUGUCAAUGCUGCAAAGACGGUCAAGUCAUGCAUUGAUAACACAUACGACCUGAUCCAUUCCCUAGACGCAUCAACUGAGCUCGAGCGCGGAUACACCACCAAAUAUACUGGACAUUACAAGGCCACCUUGAGAAGCAUCGCAACGCCCGAGGCAGAGCAGGUUCUUCGGGCUCUAGAAGAAGCUGUAUAUCAGCGCAAGCUCACUCGGAAAAAGGUGCGUUCGGUUUUGCGCAAGGUCAUUCUCGAGGAGAUUGCAGAAGAAACGAAAGCACAACUCAAGACUGGUAUGGCUGCUGCAACGAAAGGGUUCGCCAUAGCAGGUGCAACGUCAGGCAGCAUUCGGCAGCAAAUUGCCCAAGGUCAGAAGGAACAUGAAGCCUCAACUCGAGAGCGGCUUAAUGCUGUGCAUGCUCUGCUCCAAGAACAUGACAGCACCGACCAGCCUUCUCACGAUGCUGCUGAGGAAGAGAACAUUGACAUAGAUGCAUACGAGAUUCAAGACGAGAUGCGCAACCCUCGUGGCGAGCCGAGCCACUGGCAGGACUUUAAUAACGAUGGCGUUAUACAGAUAGUCCGUGAAUCUGAGCAAAUCGCGGAGGGAAGCCAGGAUCGAGCUGGAACCAGCUCAGAGCAGUCACGCAUCGACUUCCUCAAGAGCUUCGUUGCCCACACAAGUCGCCAGAGUACUGGACUUAUCUGUCGUUUAUGUGUCGCCGACCCCACCGCAUCUGAAGACGCGAAGAAGAAGAAGUGGGUUCUUCAUCGCCUCAAACUCCAUUACAAGGGGAGUACACAUUCUCGCAAGCCUCAGCUUUCUAGUGCUUUCAACACAAUGCAAAAGGCUCUAGCUGGUGGUGACGUGCCUUGCCCUCAUUGUCCUAGUCGACUCUUCCGCAGCUCAAGAAGCUGGUUGGACCAUGUUGAGAAAUACCAUGCCUACGAGUUGUGGAUCAAAAAUGAUAGCGAUGAGGAGGACCUAGAGAUUGAGGAUGAUGAGAUGCUCUUGGAAGGUGAUGACGAGGGAGUUGGUGAAGAAGAGGCUGAGGAAGAAGAAGGAAGUGACGAGAAUGUGCAGAGUCUACCUUUCGGCGGUUUCGACACUGAGACUCAAGACGAGGAUGGCGACGAGGAGGAGUGGCAAGGUUUUGACUCUGAUGCGUAA